AUGUUGAGAACUUUUACCAAAACUGCAAUCAACACAAGAUCAGCCUCCCAGUUGAGAUUUUUCACCGUUUCUGCGGUUACUUUCAAAGACACGAGAACGGAAACUGAUGCUUUUGGUCCAAUUGAGGUACCAAAUGACAAGUACUAUGGUGCUCAAACUGCCAGAUCAAAAAUGAACUUCAAAAUUGGUGGUCCAGCAGCCCGUAUGCCAAUUCCUGUGGUGAGAGCCUUUGGUAUUCAAAAGAAAUCAGCAGCCCAAGUAAAUGAAGCUUUGGGACAAUUGGAUCCAAAGAUUUCGAAAGCAAUUCAACAAGCUGCUACUGAAGUUGCUGAAGGUAAAUUGGAUGACCAUUUCCCUUUGGUUGUUUUCCAAACUGGUUCGGGUACUCAAUCCAACAUGAAUGCAAACGAAGUCAUUUCCAACAGGGCUAUUGAAAUCUUGGGCGGUGAGUUGGGUUCAAAGAAGCCGGUUCAUCCAAAUGACCACUGUAACAUGUCUCAAUCAUCAAACGAUACUUUCCCAACUGUCAUGCACAUUGCCGCUGUCACUGAGAUUAAAGACUCCUUGAUUCCUGCAUUGACAAAAUUGCGUGAUUCUUUACAAGCAAAAUCUGAUGAGUUUAAAGAUAUCAUCAAGAUUGGUAGAACCCAUUUACAAGAUGCCACUCCUUUGACUUUGGGACAAGAAUUUUCCGGUUACACCCAACAAAUUACCAAUGGUAUCGAAAGAAUUCAAAACACUUUACCUCACUUGUUGUAUUUGGCACAAGGUGGUACCGCUGUUGGUACUGGUCUCAACACGAAAGUUGGAUUUGAUGCCAAAUUUGCUGAAGCUGUCUCCAAAUUGACUGGUUUCGAAUUCCAAACUGCACCAAACAAGUUUGAAGCCUUGGCCGCUCAUGAUGCAAUCGUUGAAGCAUCAGGUGCACUCAACACCAUUGCUGCCUCUUUGUUCAAGAUUGCCAACGAUAUCAGAUACUUGGGAUCUGGUCCAAGAUGUGGAUACGGAGAGUUGGCUUUGCCUGAAAACGAACCAGGUUCAUCAAUUAUGCCUGGUAAGGUUAAUCCAACACAAAACGAAGCCUUGACUAUGGUUGCUUGUCAAGUGUUUGGUAACAAUGCUGCUAUUACCUUUGCGGGCGCCUCGGGACAAUUCGAAUUGAAUGUCUUCAAACCAGUCAUGAUUGCCAACUUGUUGUCAUCAAUUAGAUUGAUUGCAGACGGUGCCAACUCUUUUAGAGAACACUGUGUUGAUGGAAUCGUUGCCAACAAAGACAAGAUUGAAAAGACUUUGCACGAGUCUUUGAUGUUGGUGACUGCUUUGAAUCCAAAGAUUGGUUACGACGCUGCUUCCAAGGUUGCCAAGAAUGCUCACAAAAAAGGAUUGACUUUGAAAGAGUCAGCUUUGGAGUUGAAAGCUUUGAGUAGUGAGGAAUUUGAUGAAUGGGUUAGACCAGAAUUGAUGAUUGGUCCAAAGUAA